AUGGAUGGUUCUGGCUCAGAUCAUGAGCUCUUGAAGCAGAUUCAUACCCUUUCUAGUAAACAAGGGGAGUUACAGCAGCAGGAGCAGAUUCAUACCCUUUUUGCUCGAGGAUCGAGUCAUGCCUCAGUUUCUUCUUCUAAGCUGGUUCCUUUGGGUUUCACUAGUGCUCCUCAGCUCCAUGCCCAGAGACAAGAGAUUAUUCAGAUUACCUCUGGUUCACGGGAGCUUGACAAAGUUCUUGAAGGAGGAAUUGAAACCGGAUCCAUCACUGAGUUAUAUGGCAAGUUUCGCUCAGGAAAGACACAGUUGUGCCAUACACUGUGUGUAACUUGUCAACUUCCCAUGGAUCAAGGAGGUGGAGAGGGAAAGGCAAUGUACAUUGAUGCCAAGGGAACAUUCAGGCCACAAAGACUUUUGCAGAUAGCUGACAGGUUUGGACUAAAUGGAGCUGAUGUACUGGAAAACGUUGCCUAUGCGAGGGCGUACAAUACUGAUCAUCAGUCAAGGCUUCUGCUUGAAGUAGUGUCAAUGAUGGUUGAAACAAGAUUUGCUCUCAUGGUUGUCGAUAUUGCCACCGCUCUCUACAGGACAUAUUUCUCUGGAAGGGGAGAGCUUUCGGCCAAACAAAUGCAUCUUGCAUAG